AUGGGCAACUUGACCCUGAUAGUGGUCAUCGUGAUUUACAUCUUUGCUGUGAUUGGGAUGCAGCUCGUAGGCCGUGACUAUUUAAAAAAGGAAGCCUUCCCGGACCAGCAAGUCCCACGAUGGAAUUUCAUUUAUUUCUAUUCUUCCUUUCUAAUGGUGUUCCGGAUUCUUUGUGGAGAGUGGGUGGAGCCUCUGUAUGACUGUAUGCGCUGUUCCAAAAUGUACUUCUGCAUCCCGCUGUUCUUAAUGACAUACAUAGUAGGCAACUUCCUGGUGUUGAAUCUAUUCUUGGCUCUCCUUCUUAACUUCUUUGCCGGAGAUAUCUUCACAGCAGAUACAUCAGAGUCUGUUCCCAUGAAGAUGAAAAUGCAAAAAUUCACGUCUAUGCUGAAAAUGCGAAAUAAGCAAGUUCCUUCUGAUGCAAAAACCGAACCUACUCCCCAAAACAGCCAACUGUCUGGAGGGUCAAAGACCACAAAUAGCAAGGAAGACUGUGGCUCUGAUGUUAAACAGAAGAAAAACAAAUGCCCUCCGAACCGGUCAUCACAUGAAGAGAUCCCCACUGUCAGUGCACAGUGCCGAAAAUAUGAAAAUGGAUCUGCAGUUAUGGUGCUGGAAACAGUGGAGGAAGUUCAAGUAGAACCUGAAAUAGAACAAGUCCAUUCAGUGAUCGGGAAAAGCAAAGAGAAAAGUAAAAAGCAGCCCGUGGAGCACACGGUGACAGAGGAGAAAAAGCAAAAUGCAGAGGUGGAAGAGCUGGAGGAGAUGAAGCAACAAAGCGUGAUGCAGCCAUGUGUACCAGCCCUCUGCUGCAGGCAUUGCUCCUGCUGUGAGUCAUGGCAAGUCUACAGCUCUUUGAGGCACCCUGUCUUCAAACUGGUCAAGCACUCUCUGUUCGAGGGGAUCGUCCUGUUCAUCAUUCUCGUCAGCACAAUAACACUGACAGUGGAUGACAAAUAUACCAAGAAGAACCCCAAGAUUCAGGAAGUGCUGCGUUACCUGGACCACUUCUACCUGGCCUUCUUCAACUUGGAAAUGGUGCUGAAAAUAAUAGGCCUCGGGGUGACAAGCUACUUCACCGAUGUGUGGACAUUGCUGGACUUUCUUCUGGUUGUGAUUGGUUGGCUGGGUGUGCUGAGCAGCAGCAUCAAAUCCCUCCGAUCCCUGAGAUCCUUCCGAACUCUUCGCGCUUUGAGACCCCUGAGAGCCAUUUCUCGUUGGGAAGGAAUGAGGCUGGUUGUAAAUGCCUUGAUUUCCUCAAUACCCUCCAUCUCAAAUGUCAUGCUGGUCUGCUUGGUGUUCUGGCUUAUAUUUGGCAUUAUAGGAGUUCAAAUCUACGGGGGGAAAUUCUUCCAGUGUGUGGACAGCAAUGGAAUCAGGCUGCCCGUUGAUAUUGUGAACAACUAUACAGAUUGCAAAGCAAAUGAAGACAAGGGCUAUGAGUGGAAGAACGAAGCCAUUCACUUUGACAACAUCAUGGCCGCCUAUUUGGCUCUCUUGCAAGUGUCAACAUUUGAAGGCUGGAUUGAAAUUAUGGCCAGUGCUGCUGAUGCAAGAGGGAUCGACCUACAGCCUGACACUGAUGCAAACACCUAUAGUCUUUUGUAUUUCGUUGCCUUUAUUGUUGUGGGGACGUUUUUCACACUAAAUUUGUUCAUUGGUGUAAUCAUUGAUAACUUCAAUACAGUGCAUAAAAGGUCCAGGAAGGAAGGUGCCUUGGUCAUGCUUUUGACAGAAGAUCAGAGACACUUGUAUGGAGCCUUAAAACGGGUUUCUAAAGUUAGACCAACCAAAAUGAUUCCUUGUCCAAAAAAUGUCGUUUUAUUAUUCUUUUACAAAGUGGUGCAUCACAAAUAUUUCGAACCCCUGACAAUUCUUUUGAUAGUUUUAAACAUGUUUCUUAUGACAAGUGAGCAUUAUGGGCAAUCUGACAGUUUUAUUCAAGCCCAGGAUGUGGUGAGUCUGGUAUUCACGACUCUGUUUACUGUUGAAGCUGUCAUCAAGCUCCUGGGACUGCGACUGUAUUACUUUACUCGCCCCUGGAAUGUCUUUGAUAUUUUAGUGGUCACAGUAUCCAUUGUAGGAAACUUAUUGGAGAAGGCAGCAGAAAACAUCUCCUUCUCCCCCACUAUUCUGCGUGUGUUCAGAGUGGCACGGCUGGGACGGCUGCUGAGACUUGUCAGGUCCCUCAAAGGAAUACGGAGGUUGCUCUUCACUCUGAUCAUGUCUAUCCCUGCCCUGUUUAACAUUGGGGUCCUUCUACUCCUGGUCAUGUUCAUUUACUCCAUUCUGGGAAUGACGUUGUUUCAAGACCUGCCCAGAUCAGGAUCCAUCAAUGAAAUUGUGAACUUUGAAACCUUUGCAAACAGCAUGUUGUUGUUGUUUAGACUAACCACGGCAGCUGGCUGGAAUGAUGUUCUCCAGCAAAUCAUGAAAAGUGACACCCAGCCAGCCUUUGUGUGCAUUUUGUACAUGUCCUCCUACAUAUUGGUCACUUUCAUCGUCAUCGUCAACAUGUAUGUAGCUGUUAUUCUGGAAAACUUUACUGAAGUCCAGGAACAAGAGCUGGAAGGAGUCACAGAUGACCACAUUGACAUGUUUUACGAGGAGUGGAGUAAGUAUGACCCGUCUGCCACAGAGUUUAUCAGUUUGGAACAGCUGCCAGACUUUCUCGAUAGUCUCAAGUCUCCUUUGAAAAUACCAAAACCAAACGCAGUCAAGAUUGCAGCCUUAAACCUUCCCAUAACCAGCGAGAACAAGCUGCACUGCCUAGAUAUACUGAGAGGGAUCAGCUGUGUGAUCGUGGGCAGAGUAGAAGAAACAGACCCUUUGAAGAAACUGCAAGUGCAAAUAACCACAAGGACACUGAAGAGGUUCCCGAUCCGCAACAACAUGCCGGCCAGCACCACCACACUGAUGUUACGCAGGGAAUUCAAGGCUGCCUUGACGAUCCAGAGAGCGUUCCGGAAGUGGCAAUUGCGUCGGAGACACCUCACUGCCCACAAGCGCAAGGACUGGAAGUCUCAGUCCUCCUUCUAGAGAAAUUCAAGGAGCUUGUAAUUCACCAAACCAAUCUCUGAUUUCAUUUCAUGCCAAGACUACAAAUAACAGGCUUUUUGAUCCAGCAAAUGAGGGUCAAAUAUGCAAUAGUGAAGUAUAUAUCUUUUGGAGGGCUCAUGUUCUAUCGUUUCUAACGGUACAACCCUAAUCAGAAACCUGUACAUGUUUUAUCAUAGGCUCACUGGAACAGCCUAAUCAUGAACGAGUACGUAUUUCAUCAUAGGCUCAUUCGAACAGUUUGCAACAAACUAAUGUUUACGGUACUCACUUGUGAUAAAUUAUAAUGUGUUUGUACUGUAAUGUUUGAUUAUUGUAAAAGUUUAAAUCAGCUGAUUGAAACUGUUGAGACUAAAGGACUGUUGUUAUUUGUAACAUUGUAAAGCACAGAUUCAUCUCUUUGGGGCUAACACAUGACAUACUUACAUCGUGGUAGUGAUUGAUUCAUUAAUAUUCCAAGU